CUUCCCAGGCUCCUCUCCGGGUAAACAGCGAUGGCCGCCGAGGAGGGAGGCGGAGAGCCCCAUAACAACAUGGGGAACCACCUCCAGCUGGUGCCCGCAGAGAAUGAGGAAGAGGAAGACAACGAAAUGGAAGUUGAAGAUCAAGACAGCAGAGAAGCUGAGAAGCCAAACAUCAUCAACUUUGAUACCAGCUUGCCAACAUCACACAUGUAUUUAGGCUCUGAUAUGGAAGAGUUUCAUGGCAGAACAGUGCAUGAUGAUGACAGCUGCCAGGUGAUCCCAGUCUUGCCCCACGUGAUGGUGAUGUUGAUUCCUGGCCAGACCUUACCCCUGCAGCUUUUUCGGCCUCAAGAGGUUAGCAUGGUGCGGAAUUUAAUUCAGAAAGACAGAACCUUUGCUGUUCUUGCAUACAGCAACGCACGCGAGAGGGAAGCACAUUUUGGAACGACAGCAGAGAUCUAUGCCUACAGAGAAGAGCAGGAGUAUGGCAUUGAAACAGUCAAAGUGAAAGCAAUAGGAAGGCAGAGGUUCAAAGUCCUGGAAAUAAGAACCCAGUCAGAUGGCAUCCAGCAGGCUAAAGUCCAGAUCCUUCCCGAGCGAGUGCUGCCGUCGACCAUGUCAGCGGUGCAGCUGCAGUCCCUCAGCCGGUGCCACCUGCUCCCUUCCUCCAGACCUACAUCCUGGCAGGACCAAGCCAUACACCAGUGGUGGCAGAAGUACCAAAAGAGGAAGUUCCACUGUGCAAGUUUGACCUCUUGGCCUCCCUGGCUCUACUCCUUGUAUGAUGCUGAAACCUUGAUGGAAAGAGUCAAGAGGCAGCUGCAUGAGUGGGAUGAAAAUCUCAAAGAUGAAUCUCUUCCAACAAACCCAAUAGAUUUCUCCUACAGGGUGGCUGCCUGCCUGCCCAUCGACGACGCCCUGCGCAUCCAGCUGCUGAAGAUCGGCAGCGCGGUGCAGCGGCUGCGCUGCGAGCUGGACAUCAUGAACAAGUGCACAUCCCUCUGUUGUAAGCAGUGCCAAGACACAGAAAUAACAACCAAGAAUGAGAUAUUCAGUUUAUCCCUGUGUGGCCCCAUGGCAGCAUAUGUGAAUCCUCAUGGCUACAUCCAUGAAACCCUUACAGUGUAUAAAGCCUGCAACUUGAACCUCAGUGGAAGGCCAUCCACAGAGCACAGCUGGUUCCCUGGGUAUGCCUGGACUAUAGCCCAGUGCAGGAUCUGUGGGAACCACAUGGGCUGGAAGUUCACAGCCACCAAGAAGGAGAUGUCCCCUCAGAAGUUCUGGGGCUUGACAAGAUCUGCUCUCCUGCCUCGCAUUCCGGAGGCAGAGGACGAUGCGGGCCGGGCUAGAACCCCCCUGCUGUGCCUGUGAGGCAGCCCCAGCUCUGCAGACGAACAGGCAGCGCUCUGACGUGCAUCUGCUCCGUUCUGCUUCUGAUGCUUAAUUAAACUGAACCCCCCAGGCACCCCCCCAAGGCCCCAGCAGCCCAGCAAGCAGGCUCACUGGCGGGGGGUGGGCGCUGCUGGUCUGGGGACGCCGCGAGCUGGAGGGUUAAACCUCGCGGUGCCGGCUGAGGAGCAGAGGUGGCAGGAGGCACCAGCAACGCCAGGAUCCAUCUGGACAGGUUUCAGACUGGACUUGCCCCUUCCUUGUAUGGCUUUCAGAAAGUGUGGACUGCUGUCAGCUGCCAGUGGAAGGUGGUGGGGGGAAAACCACUCAAGCCAGCGAGAAGCAGAGCCUGAUGUAUGCACUAGCUGUAGGGUGGUAGACAGCAGCUCCUCGCUGGGGACUGCUUGCCAUAAUCUACUUCCAAGUGGUUUUGCUGAGAGGCCCUGUUCCUACCAUGUGGAGUACUUCACAUUUUAUCCUCUUGCUGUU